ACGGAUGUUGAUUGACUAGAUUUGUCCUGUAGGUAGUGGAUAUUCAGUUUAUUUAAAAUUUAAACCGGCAAACAGUGUGGCAUUCAUAGAUCUUCAGCCAGCUUGUGUACUAUGGUGCCGUUAACUGUUGAAUACAUCAAACCAUUAUGCUGUAUAUGCCUCUAACACGGAGACCUCUAUAGAUGUAAAGAAGAAACCGAUUUGACCAGAGAACCUAUCAAGCUACACGACAGGUAAUCACCACCCGCUGUAUAGCAAUGGAGGGGAAAGUGAGAGUAAAUGGUAAAGCGCUGUCUGUUUCUGAAAGGGACAACCAAUCAGAUUAUGACUCGGACGAAGAAGUGUUUGACAUGACCAACGUGAAAGUACGAGUUAUCCGUUCAUACAAGGCUAAAAAUCCCGGAGAACUGUCCAUAUCUAAAGGCGAUGUCUUAAAGCAACUCAAACCUGCCAACAACGACAAGAUGGCGUACGGCUGCCUGAACAAGUUUGUAUUUUGCCGGAACUAUGGUUACUAUCCCGCCAGUUGUGUCGUCCUAAAGUCCAGGAAAAGCUGGAAUAACCUUUGACCCCAUUACAAGACUCAUUUCUUUGGUUACUUUGGGGAUUAUUUUCCUGUUAUGGGGGUAAGGUUAAUCGUGAACCAUGUACGAUCCAUGAAUCUAUUGCACAUGGUCAAGCCGUCCAGGUAACAGAACAGGUAGGGCCCGUCGGCAUGAUUUGUCCAGUGUUUGCUUGAAAUUAAUCCAUUAGAAAAAAAAACAACAAGGGAGAAGAACUUAGAACGCCGCCUGAUUUCUGUACUCUUUGUAAUACCGAGUUUGUAAUCUGGAAAA